GUCCCCGGGCCUGCUAAAAGGCGGCGCCGCGCCCCGGCCGGCUUCCCCCCUGCUCGCAGGCACGCUCGGACGGCCAUGUGCGCAGCUCCGGCCAUGGCGGCGGCCCAGCGCUCGGUGCACGCCUUCUCGGCGCGCCUGCUGGCGGGCGGGGAGCCGGUGGGCCUGGGCUCGCUGCGGGGCAAGGUGCUGCUCAUCGAGAACGUGGGCGUCGCUCUGAGCACCACGGUGCGCGACUACACGCCAGAUGAACGAGGCUGCAGCGGCGCUUCGGGCCGCGGGGCCUGGUGGUGCUUCGGCUUCCCCUGCAACCAGUUCGGACACCAGGAGAAUGCCAAGAACGAUGAGAUCCUGAACUGCCCUCAAGCACGUGCGCCCCGGCGGCGGGUUCGAGCCCAACUUCAUGCUCUUCGAGAAGUGCGAGGUGAACGGCGCCGUGCGCGCUCCCCCUCUUCGCCUUACUGCGGGAGGCGCUGCCCGCGCCCAGCGACGACCCAACGCGCUCAUGACCGACCCCAAAGCUCAUCACCUGGUCGCCCCGUGUGCCGCAACGACGUGGCCUGGAACUUUGAGAAGUUCCUGGUGGGCCCCGACGCGUGCCGGUGCGCAGGUACAGCCGCCGCUUCCCCACCCAUCGACCUGGAGUCCGACAUCGAAGGCCCUGCAGUCCCCAGGAGCCGCGCUCCGCCUAGGGUGUCCUUGCCGGGGUGGUGGGGUGCCCUCCCUCCGGCAGGCGCCUGUGAGGCCCGCUCUUUGGGGCUUUCUUCCAUGAAGGUGUUUCUCUAA